CUCACCUAGUCGCUAUUCGGGUGCCUGCCGUGCAGAGUUUGACGGACACUCGAGUGGACCAAUCCCCGAAUCCUUGCCGGGCAACCGAAACUGGUGCGGACCAAUCCGUGUGGUGUGUACAAGGCCAGUGGGCUGAACCAAAGGCGAAGCGUAGCUGUGCUUUAACAAAGUUAAAUCUGACACGUUUUACAAACGAGUGGCUUGCGUAUGCAACUUCGCGGACAUGGAAGGCAAUACUGCUAACGAGCGGACCGUGAAGUACUACCGGCUUUCCGAGGUGGAGGAACGGAAUUCGAGCAAGAGUACCUGGAUUAUUAUCAACUAUAAAGUCUACGAUGUUACUAAGUUUUUGGAAGAGCAUCCCGGUGGGGAAGAAGUGCUGCGGGAGCAGGCGGGGGGCGACGCCACAGAGAGCUUCGAGGAUGUGGGCCAUUCGAGCGAUGCCAGGGAGAUGGCUACAAGCUUCGUCAUUGGAGAGCUGCACCCGGAAGACCGGCCUAAAAUUCAGAAACCACCGGAGUCACAAGUAACAACUUUUCCAGAUAAUUCGAGCUGGUGGACGAACCUCGUGAUUCCAGGCUUGGCCGCCGCUGUCGUCACGUUGCUGUACCGCUUGUAUAUGUCUGAAGAGUGAUGUCGUGAAAUCUGCCCCAGUGCCACGAUGCAUAUUCCCAGAGGUGCCAAACUUCAGAGUACCACUUCAGGUUGAUCUUAUGUAACAUGUAACCCGUGUUGCUGUUAUUGUUGUAUUGUCUGUCUGUUUUUAUUUCCCCGUGAGGUUUAAAUACUAAUGUAUAACUUGACAUUUCACAUCGUUCACUAAUUUUUAGGGUUUUUUUUUUUUGUACUAAACGUGUAUCGUAAAUGUAUGAUCUGGAUUUUAAUGACCAGUUCGUGCUCUUUUUGCAUCCUUUAGAGUUGCCAAAGGUUGGGUCAUACAGGUCACUAAAACGCAUCCCCUGUGAAACAGUCUGAUCAGUGAGUUUUAUUAUUGAAUAAAAGCUAUCACAUUGCACAAGUGUGUGUACAUUUUCUGUGGUGGUACCUCAUUCUGCAGCUGGAAGCUCCAUGUUGGUAAUUCUGACUGCUGUUCGCAUGCAUUAUGCCGUAAGGAGGGAAACCAAGACAGGAUGUGUUGCUUUGUGUGUAAAAUGUUUCCUGAAUCAGACCCCUUAAUUAACCAUCUCUUAAUUUGGCUUUAUUGGCAUAUUGAUGCACAGCACAAUUUUGCUAAUAAAUGCCUUCAUAUUUCAUAAUAUAAAUUAUUUUGUAUUUCGACUUAAGUGCAUUAGGGGCUAUGGAUGAAUAGCAGCUGAUUCAAAAGCCAUGAUUUCGUAACAUUUUUUUCAUUACAAUUUUUCUGUAAUAUUAAUUUAUGAAUUUGCUAAUUAUAUGUGAUUUUAAUAUUCAUUCAGCACAAUGCAGCCUAAUUUAUCUAGUCGUCAAAGCCUUUGUUUGUUUUUUGAGAUAAAUGUAAUGGUAAACCAAUAAUGUUUAGUAGGAUCCAUCAAUCCAUCUGUCUAAAAGCUGCUGGCCGUCAUAGAGCAGUGUUUCCCAACCCAGUCCUCGGGGAACCUCGGACAGUCCAUGUUUUUGCUUCCGCUCAGCUCCCAGUCAAUCGGGAACACCGAAUGCCUGGUACAGGUGUGCAGGGAGCUGAAAGGAAGCAAAAACGUGGACUGUCUGGGCUUCCUGCGGACUGGGUUGGGAAACAUUGCCAUAGAAAGUAAAGCAUACAGACGCUCUUUUUGUCUUUGCUGUGUUUAUUUUGAUUAUUUUGUCUCUGUAAUGAAACAUGGAGCCGAAUGGGCCACCAGCUUGCCAGUGAUGUUACACAGUGAAGAGUGUUAAUUGGAAUAUAUUCCUCCAUGGUUCUUCACUCUGAAAGAUUCCUGUAAACAGAUGAUUAUUUAAUCUGCAUUUAGUGGCAAAGCGUAACAUGUCAUUCUUAUGCAUGACGUAUUGCGGUGCAUUCCAUAACAACUUUCAUUAAAUUCCUUAGAACAAGUUUUGAAAUGUUCUUUAAUGAUGCAUGUAAGAAAUUAUCUGCAGAUAUUUUCUGUCUGAAUUUUUCUGAAAUAAAGUGUAAAUUUCGAGCUGCA